GGUUUAUGUUAGAAAUGUUACUUAAUUUUAGUUGGUAUUUAUUUAAUUUAAUUGUAAAAAGUAAGGUUAUCUCUUUUCUAAUUAGGUUAUUUAUAUACAUAUUCAUUAUUUUAUAGUUUAUUUGUGAUAUAUUUUUUGGGGGUUUAGAUGCAUGCAUGUAACACAAAUAUCUUUUGGUACAUUGGUCACCCUGUAAAUCAUCACGACACCACACACAGAUGUCGCGCGAACUAUCAGCGUCAGCUGUUUGCGCCACGCAACGUUUUUUUGCACGCGAGUGUUGUGUAUAAAAUCAUUUAGUAAAUAAAAGAAGUCUUCGCAGUAAAUAAAGUGAUGAGUGAAUUAAAUAGUGAAGAAGAUGCCUUUUUCGACGAUCUAAUAGAAGAUGAGAAUGCUGAUAACGAAUCCUUACCAAACUUUGCAUUUCCAAAUCUCAAAGGUGAUCCUGAUUUGCUGUGUGAAUUUAAUACUAACGAUGAGAAUACAAUUAGUACUAAUGAAUAUUUGGACCAAGCCAUCAUAAGUAAUUUGAGCACAUUGGAAUUCAAAUGGAAUAGUGAAUGCUUGAUUUGUACGGAGCAGUUUGAGGAGUACGAUGAAUUGCUGAAGCACUGCAAACAAUUCCAUAUAAAUGAGUUCGAUGAGUAUACGUGCACUGUCGGAGAUUGUGAUGAGCUAAUUGUAGAUGAGGAUUCACUCGCCAGGCACUUGGUAUUAAGACACAGUGAUUUACACGGUAUAAAAAUAUAUGGCAGCUGCCCUUUUUGCAAUCUACGUUUUUCAAACUUUAAUGAGCUUAAUAAACAUUCAUGCUAUCGUAAAAUAAAUAGAAAGGCUUGCACACAGCCUUACUGCCAAUAUUGUAAGGAGGAGUUUGUCUCGCAUAAAAGAUUCCUAUUUCAUCUGCAAUUUCAUUUGGCUAAGCGGCGAGCCAAGGUUUGCAUGAUAUGCAACACCGAAUUUUCUGAUGUGGAAGACUUUUUCCUACAUGUAAAUUAUGAGCACGAAUCACUGGAUAAGUUGGCAUGUAAAAUCUGCGAUCGCGUUUUUGCUGAUUUGGAAACAUACAGCGCACAUGAAAAUAUGCACAAAUUAAAUCCGAAAUACAAAUGUGAUGAAUGUAGCAAAGUUUAUCAUAAUAAGAAAUUACUACUAAAACAUAAGACUAAUUUGCAUUCUGCGAUUGAGUAUAAAUGUGACUUAUGUCCGAAAGUAUUUCCAAGUUUCUCAAUUUUACAAAACCACUUAAAGUGGCAUAACAUGGAAGCCGAAGUCCACGUCUACACUUGCACUAACUGUGGCUUGCUUGCCGGUGAUUAUGGCAGACUACAGAAACAUACUUCAGAUUGCUCAUCUGAGUGCUUCGAAUGCGAAAUUGAAGAUGAAAUAUUGACAGCGGCUUACAGCUGUCAUUAUUGCGCACAAGAUUUCAAGGAUAAAGAUUCGCUCAGCAAGCAUCGCGCUACGGGCGUGCAUAAAAAUGAGAAAUUCAUUUGUCCCAUUUGCAAUGAAGAGAUCGACAGCGUAAAAGCAAAGCGUCUGCAUAUGUAUACGCAUAAAGAUUAUAAAAAUUUUCUAGAAAAUCUACCACUUAAGCGAUUGCUAAUGUGUGAUGUGGGCGAUUGUGAAGAAUGCUACAAUGACUGGGCUGCCUUGCAGCGGCACAAAACGCGCAUACACAAAUCAAAUACAUGUACAAAAUGCAAACAAAAACUAGCUAAUGCAGCGGAACUGGCAAAACACAUGAAGCAAUGCGAAACGACUGCAUUGACAUGUCAGUUUUGUGAUAAAGUAUGCCCGACAAAAAUGUCACUGGCUGUGCAUGUAGCUAGAAGACAUAAUAAUAAAAAUAUUGUCUGUCCACAUUGCUCCGUUGGCUAUAAAGAUGAGCAAACACUACAACAACACAUAGAUUAUUCACACGUGCCUGUGCCUUGUACAAAUUGCGAAAAAGUGAUCAACUGCAAACGUAAUUUGGAGAUUCAUAUGCGUGUGGUGCAUGAGACUGAAACCAGAUAUUUCUGCACGCAUUGUAAUAAAGGAUUCUAUCAUCGCUCACAGCGUGAUCUGCAUGAAGAGAGUGUGCAUCCAGACUCGGUCUACAAAUGCGGUCAAUGUAAUUUUAAAACAAAAUAUGCUAAGUCGCUGGAAAUACACAUAGCGAAGCAUUUGCAAAAGCUGGAGUUUAAGUGUCCGCACUGUGAUAAAACAUUUGGCCGCAAAAACACGCUCACAUUACACAUCAAGCGGCAUAAAAAUGAUAAGCCUUUUAGAUGCUUCGAUACUAUUGUUGAUGGCUGCGAUGCAGCUUUCAUCACACGUCCGCUAUUAAAUAAUCACAUCAAAAGCAAACAUUCCAUACAGCAGCGUAAAACUAUGAAUGCCAGCCAACCAAAGCGUAGACUUGGAACGCAAAGAAAGUCGAUUACAAAUAAAAAUGUAACGCAGAUUGCAGUUAAUUCCUUUGAAAAUAGUGCAUUGCUUCAAAUCAACUCAAGUGGGACAGUGUUGGCAGCAGAAAGCAGCUUUGCCGAUGUUGCCGGGUUGUCACACGCAGUUGAUGAGAAUUAUAUGUUGCUCGUGGUGAAUGAUGAGGCACUGGAAAUGGUCGCUGAUGCAAGUGAGCAACUGUUGGCACUGGACGCCGCAGAUAUUUUAGCAAGUUGAAGAUUUUCUUAUGCACGUCACUGCUUGGCUGCGAUAUGAAUUACAUAUUUAUGUAUACAAAUUUAUCUACACACAAUUUACAUUGUAAAUGUUCUCAUUUUUUGUUUGGUCAUCUGUAAAUUGUUUUAAUAAACAACUAUUUUGCAUUUGAAAUUACAACCAA